UAAACUCUCAAAUACUGAUCUCCACACGCCCAUACUCGGUGACAGAAAAACUCAAUUCAGAAAAAAAAAAAAAAAAUCUCCAAUUUCUCGAAAUGGAUCCAUACAAGUACCGUCCCUCAAGUGCGUUCAAUUCACCUUUUAUGACCACAAAUUCUGGAGCUCCGGUUUGGAACAAUAACAACUCUUUGACUGUUGGAACCAGAGGUCCAAUCCUCCUGGAAGACUAUCAUUUGGUGGAGAAACUUGCUAAUUUCGACCGCGAGAGGAUUCCAGAACGUGUUGUACAUGCCAGAGGUGCAAGCGCAAAGGGCUUCUUUGAGGUGACUCACGAUAUUUCGAACCUUACUUGUGCCGAUUUCCUUCGAGGGCCAGGUGUUCAAACGCCAGUCAUUGUUCGAUUCUCCACUGUUAUUCACGAGCGUGGUAGCCCUGAAAGUAUCAGGGAUCCCAGAGGAUUUGCAGUGAAAUUUUACACAAGAGAGGGAAACUUCGAUUUGGUGGGGAACAACUUCCCCGUCUUCUUCAUUCGGGACGGAAUGAAAUUCCCAGACAUGGUUCACGCAUUAAAACCCAACCCAAAAUCCCACAUUCAAGAAAACUGGAGAAUCCUCGAUUUUUUCUCCCACCACCCCGAGAGCUUGCACAUGUUCACAUUCCUCUUCGACGAUUUGGGCGUUCCGCAAGAUUACAGGCACAUGGAAGGCUCCGGAGUCAACACCUACACCCUAAUCAACAAAGCCGGAAAAGUCAACUACGUCAAGUUCCAUUGGAAGCCAACUUGUGGAGUCAAGUGUCUAAUCGAAGAAGAAGCUAUCAAAGUCGGAGGAGCCAAUCACAGCCACGCAACUCAAGAUCUGUACGACUCCAUUGCAGCCGGCACUUACCCAGAGUGGAAACUGUUUAUUCAGACAAUCGAUCCCGACCACGAAGACCGGUUUGACUUCGAUCCACUUGAUGUGACCAAGACUUGGCCAGAGGAUAUAUUGCCUUUGCAGCCAGUCGGCCGUUUGGUGUUGAAUAAGAAUAUAGACAACUUCUUUGCUGAGAACGAGCAGCUUGCGUUUUGCCCUGGUCUUGUUGUACCGGGAGUUCAUUACUCUGAUGAUAAAAUGCUGCAAACUCGGAUAUUUUCUUAUUCCGAUUCUCAGAGGCACCGCCUUGGGCCGAACUAUCUGCAGCUACCAGCUAAUGCUCCUAAAUGCGCGCAUCAUAAUAAUCAUCACGAAGGUUUUAUGAACUUCAUGCACAGAGAUGAGGAGGUGAACUAUUUCCCGUCAAGGUAUGAUCCUUGUCGUCAUGCGGAGAAGCACCCAAUUCCUCCCGUAGUGUUGUCAGGGAAGCGUGACAGGUGCUGCAUUGAAAAGGAGAACAACUUUAAGCAACCCGGUGAGAGAUACCGAACCUUUUCACCAGACAGACAAGAAAGAUUUAUUCGCCGUUGGGUUGAUGCUUUGUCCGAUCCCCGACUCACCCACGAAAUCCGUAGUAUCUGGAUUUCAUACUGGUCUCAGGCUGACAAGUCACUCGGUCAGAAACUCGCUUCCCGUCUCAAUGUGAGGCCUACUAUGUGAGAGAUGAGCAAGUUAUCGAGUCACAGUGUACAAGGAUGUCACAAUAAUUCUUGAAAUUAUAAGGUGAAUUGUAGCCAUUCGAUUACUCUAUCCUAUUAUGUAAUAAUGUAUUGUAACUUUUUGUUGGUUUUCGUUAACCAUUGAAUCUUGAUGAUUCUUAAUAAAUGAAGAUGUACUUUAUACCGUUAAAUUCAUUUAUUCGGGUUUAAUUU